AUGGCAGACGACUCGCCUCCAGGAUCUCCCCUCUCAGAUCUUUCCUCAGACGCAUUCGAGAUUGACGAAGAAAACGAACGGAUGGCUGCAGAAACUCAUAUGCCGCCCGCGAAAAGACAAAAGACGAGUAGUGACGAAUCUUUACGCAACGCUCACACAUCUCGCAAUAUUAAAAUGGAGGGAACAGAUGGUUAUUGUUCUAGUGAUACAGAAGGAGAUAUCCCGGAUUCUCCAAGCAUCAUUCAACGACCGGAGGAUGCUCUUGAUGAUUUACAUGAACAGAUUACAGUUUGCGCAUGGCUUGGAUGCACUAGAGGAGAUUUGGGAGAUAUGGAUCAGUUGGUCGAUCAUUUACAUCAUGAUCACAUCGAUUCGAGACCCAAGAAAUAUACAUGCGAAUGGUUGGGUUGUCCAAGGAAAAGCCAGCCUCAAGCAAGUGCCUAUGCUUUGAAGGCGCAUAUGAGAAGUCAUACCGGAGAAAAGCCAUUCUAUUGCGCCUUACCUGAAUGCGAUCGCGCUUUUACACGUUCUGAUGCUCUCGCCAAACACAUGCGAACAGUUCACGAAACCGAAGCUCUUCGUCCUUCUGAUCCUAUUCCAAAACAUCUACAUGACAUUUCAAGACCCGGCCACGGUCAACUCAAAGUCGUCAUGAAACCAUUUCCGGAUGCAAAUCCUGUCGCAGGAGCACAAAUAUCACCGGUAGUUGAUCCUUCGUCGUUGGCAACAUCAUAUCCUCCUGAGUUAGGAAUCACUUUGGAAGAAGAAGCCAAAGGACCAGUUGAGCUUUGGAAAUUACUACGUAAGCAAAUAAAAUGGGCAGAGGAAGAAGGCGAGGCAUUAAGGAAACAAUGCGAGUUAAUGGAAGAGCUGAGGAAAAGAGAAUGGAUGGAAAAGGAAGUUUUACUUGAUAGUGCCAUCGCAAAAGAUUUGGAAUGGCAUAAGAAAAGAAAGGAGAUGUUGGCUGGCCUUGCGAAGUUUCCAAUACAAACCAGGGAAGAACAUUCCGCCAUGAACGAGGGCUCAAAUUCACCAAGUAUCCGUGGACUUGCUUUUACACCAAAUAGAGCCAUGUCUCCAAAUGGUGGUACUCCUUUCUCACCGAGAGAUUUGACACCUUUAGAACAGAGCCAAGGACCUGUCGAGACAGAUGUGGCGGAGGUUUUGGCGUCUAUGGCUCAUGCUUAA